AUGGGCGAGUUAACCGUCAAAUGCCUUUUGUAUGCCGAUGAUCAAGUCAUACUUGCGUCAUCGGCGGCAGAGUUGCAAAUGAUGGUUACAUUAAUGAACUGGGAAUUAAAAGAAAGGGGAAUGAAAGUGAACGCAAGUAAGACGAAAGUGAUGGUUUUUGAAAGAGAAGAAAGCAAAACGGUAUGUGAAAUAAGAAUAGAAGGAGAGUUGAUUGAGCAAGUGGAUGAGUUUGUGUAUUUGGGAUGUGUAUUUAGCAGGGAUGGUAGAUAUGAUAGGGAUAUAGAACGACGAGUAAAUGCAGGGAAUAGAGUGAAUGGGGCACUACACUCUAUUAUGAAGAACCAGAAUUUGUCAAAACAGGCACGUAUGGUAAUUCAUAAUGCUGUGUUAGUCCCUACUUUAAUGUAUGGUAGUGAAAGCUGGGUAUGGCAGAAGAAGCACGAAAGUAGAAUAAAUGCUGUAGAAAUGCGGUCUUUAAGGAAUAUGCUAGGGUGUAAUCUGAAUGACAGGGUGAGAAAUUGCGUGAUAAGAGAUAAAUGUGGUAUGCAAGAUGAUGUUGUGACCAGGAUUAAGAAAGGAAUGCUUCGGUGGUUUGGUCACGUAGAAAGAAUGAAUGAGGAAAGGGUGACAAAGCAAAUUUAUAUGGCAGAUGUGAAUGGCCGAGUCGGGAAGGGACGCCCUAGGAAAAAGUUUAUCGACCAAAUUGGCGAUAUUUUGAAAAUGGGCCACGUUAGAAGUACCCUUAACCGACGAGCAUGUAUGCGUAGAUAUAUGGAUGUAAAGGAGGCGAAAGAGGUAUGUCAGGAUCGUGCCAAAUGGAAGUCCGUAGUCUCUGCCUACCCCUCUGGGUGA